GAUUUGCAAAUGGGACAAAGGACGAGACGUCGCUUAUGCCGCCGCCGCAUUAAUGGCAGAAUUACAGCUCAGAGGGAGUGCUCGCCAGAAUGAUGAAUGAUAGAAUGAUGAAUGAUACAUGCCUACAUGCUGUGAAACGGACGAGAAUGACGUGGUGAAAUGGGCCGUUACCUUUUUUUUCACCCACUCGCAUUGCAGUUAUGGAGGACUAAUUGCACUCACCUGCAUGCCGCCACGCCUACAGUUCAGGACAGUUAUCCCUUUCCGAUAGCCACAGAUUUCUGUUCUCUUCUCUUUUUCCUUUUUUUAAUGCGCCUCCACUUCCAUAUUCCAAAAUCUUUCACUUAAUGGUUUUUUAUGUCCUGGGAUGAUCUGAUUCUGUUUCUUUGCGACCGCUUGGGCCUCUGCCGCCUCAAGAAUUAAACAGAACGUCCCCCACGGAAUUUGUUCUUGUUCGCUCUCUGCUGUCACUGUAGCAUUUUCUGCAGCGUGGGCUCCGUACCAUUCUUCGUUUUUAUGCCAUAUAAGUACUUAUACCUCUCCUCCUGAAUCCCUGCUCCAGCCAUCUUUCACUUCUUGUCCGCCAUGUCUUGGGGUUUAUAUUUCAGUAGAAUUAAUGUAUAUGGGUAGUAACUGGGUGGCCUAUUGAGUGUACAAAAGCUUUUGGGUGAGAUCCUGUAGAUGCAAUGGCAGCCUGCAUUUUGAGCUAGCUUGAUGUCCUGUAGGUUUAUUCAUAGUGAAACCGCCGGUUUUCUAUCUCCAGCAGCUCUGUUUUCUCUUCCCCUGCUGUUUUAGUGGUUUUGAUUUGGGCUUGUGAACUGAGGAACUGAAGUGCUAGGCAUCCAUGGAGCAACUUCAGUACUUGUAUCAUGGUGGUCCUCUGAUGAGUUCGGGUGAUGACUCCUUGGAAAGGGUGCGCAUGAUUCAUCUGAAUGUUGAUGAGUCGGCAGAGCUCCAAACUUCAUUGCUGCAACUGAGAUUCAAGAAAGGAGCUCUAAUCAAGGCAUUCUUAAAUAGUGCCUUCCUCCUAGUUGCAGUUGUUCUCAUCGGCCUCUUUGUAAGCUCCAUGAAUUUAACGUCCUGGCGAGGGCACGACAUCCGAGGACGAAGAGAGGAGUUCCAUCACCAUUUUCUCAAGAUGGGAAGCAAUGCAAGCAUUGCAAUGCACUUGCAGAAGCUUACUGCGGAGCCUCAUGUCGCUGGCACUCCAGAGAACUUCGCAACUGCAGAAUAUGUUUUGUCUAGUUUCAGGAAGUACGGUUUAACUUCCUACUAUAGAGAUUACAAUGUACUGCUUAGUUAUCCUGUGAGUAGGUCUCUGGUUCUAAGCUUACCGGGCGAACAGAGCAGGCAUCUGAAACUCAGAGAAAGGGAAGAAAAGGGUGAUCCUUUCAGUAGAAGCUCCAAGACAAUUCCUGGAUUCCAUGCCUAUUCUCCUAGUGGGCAGGCUGCUGCACUUGUGGUUUACGUUAACUAUGGGCGCGUGGAGGAUUUUGCAAAGCUGAAAGAGCUGGGCAUCAAUGUUAGCGGUUGCAUUGCAAUUGCUCGACAAGGAAUGAUUUUCAGAGGUGAUAUAGUGAAGAAUGCAGCGGGUGCAGGAGCGGUGGCAGUGGUCAUGUAUUCUGAUCCACAGGAGUAUGCAGGAGGCAAGAAGAGCGGAGGAGUAAGCUAUCCCAACUCCAAAUGGCUGCCAAGCAGUGGAAUCCAAAGAGGCACAGUCCUGGAGGGCUCUGGAGAUCCCUUGUCUCCUGGCUGGCCAAGCACCGCUAAUUCAGAGAGGCUGUCUGCCAAUGAAAUAGAGGCCCUGCUACCACCAAUUCCCUCCCUGCCAAUCUCUGCAGAAGACGCCUUCCUGGUGAUGGGCUCUUUAGCUGGCCCACUCGCUCCUCCUCAUUGGCAAGGUGCUUUGGAUUUGCCUCUUUAUCGCCUUGGACCAGGCCCUGCCAUUCUCAACCUUACUUACGUGGCAAACCAGACUGUCGCGCCGAUUAGGAACGUGUUUGCAGAGAUUAAAGGAGUGGAUGAACCUGACCGGUAUGUUUUGCUUGGAAAUCAUCGUGAUGCAUGGACUUUUGGGGCGGUUGAUCCCAACAGUGGAACAGCUGCACUUCUGGAUAUUGCUCAAAGAUUUGGCAAGCUGCUUAAACAAGGCUGGCGGCCCAGGAGGACUAUCAUCUUAUGUAGCUGGGAUGCCGAGGAGUAUGGAUCUAUUGGAUCGACAGAGUGGGUGGAGCAAAAUUUCGAUUUAUUACACUCGAGAGCCGUUGCAUACAUCAAUGUGGAUUGUGCAGUAGCUGGGCCUGGGUUUUUUGCCUUUGCUACACCCCAGCUAGAUAACCUUGUGGAAGAUGCUACACGAAAGGUGCCUGAUCCCGAAGAUGCAUCAAGGACUGUCUAUCAAGCAUGGGGUCUAUCGGGUUUGCAAUCCGAGACAAGGAUUGGUAGAUUAGGAGGAGGCGGCUCAGACUUUGUGUCUUUCCUUCAUCACGUUGGCGUGCCUGCAGUAGAUAUCUACUUCGGAAAAGACUACCCGGUCUAUCAUUCUCUGUACGAUAACUACAUGUGGAUGCAAAUUUUUGGAGACCCUUUGUUUCAGAGACACGUUGCAGUGGCAGCAAUCUGGGGAUUAGUUUCCCUCAAGCUUGUAGACGAGGAGAUCCUUCCCUUCAACUACGAAAAAUAUGCCGAUGAACUAGAGUCAUACACAGUGGGUUUGGAAUCAGGGCUAAAGGCCAUCGGCAGCCCUUCAGAUGUGACAGUAUCUCCACUGUAUCAGUCCAUUUCACAACUGAGGAUGGCCAUUGCAGGAAGUAAGAAGGAGCAGAAGGAACUGGAAGAUCUUACACCUCAGCUGAAUUAUCAGUAUGUGGUGUCUCGGAGGAGAGAGUUCAAUGACCGCCUGUUAAUGGCAGAGCGUGCGUUUACCCAGUCAGAUGGACUUCCUGGAAGACCUUGGUACAAGCAUUUGAUCUACGGUCCCACUAGCCAUGAUGAUUAUGGGUCUAGUUCAUUUCCUGGAGUGUCUGAUUCACUACAGAAGGCUGUUAGUUUUAACACCUCUGAGAACUGGUCAACUGUUCAACGCCAGAUAUGGAGAGUGUCUAGGGCAAUUGAAAGGGUGGCUAUAGUCUUGAAGGGUCAACUAACUUAGUUUUUAUAUAAUCAGAAAUUGUAGGUGGUGACAAAAAGAAAUGAACAUAUUUUCCAGCACAUCACUUGAUGCAAAUCCAAUUUUAUCUGGAAAGCUGCUGAAUCCGGAUUUUGCAUGUGCGGAAAAUGUCGACGUUAAGCUUAAUGCUUAUGCUAUUCGACGUAAAACGUAGAGGUGGCUACCUGGAUCAGCAAGAUUGUAAUAGAUAUGAUCUUGUACAAUUUCCCUCCUUUUUCAAAUGAAAACUAAAUUAUCAUUUCAUGA